AUGAGGAGGUUUUUGGUUCCUAGAACAAGUAUUGAGAAAGUGAAUGUUAAGCAAUCGGAAACCGAAGUAGAAGAAACACCCCAUAAUGUGGCCAACGAGUUUAAUCCAAAUGAGAUUGUGCGUGAUCCAGGAUGUAGGAAACAAAUUCACGAGUAUGCUCCUGAUAUUCAAGACCAAGUGAGGAGGGCAUAUAUAUUGAAGGGUCCAACGCAACCAGAUUUAGCAAGAUUUCCUCGUACUCAAUUUGGGAAGUCUUCAAGAGCAUUUUGUAAAGCUUGGUAUAAGAGUUAUACAUGGAUUGAAUACAGUGAGUCAAAGGAUGCAACUUAUUGUUUCUAUUGCUUUCUCUUUAAGCCUCCCGGGAGGGCCGAACACUUUGGUUAUGAAGUCUUCAACAAAGACGGAUUUAAAGAUUGGAAGCAUGCAUAUAAAGCCUUUAAAGAUCAUAUUGGUAGUCAUGAUAGUAAGCACAACUCAUGUAUGAAGCACUAUGAUGAUUAUAAUAAUCAAAGACAAAGUGUGACAAGUAUCUUUGCUAGAGCAACUAGGGAAUCAGAAGAAUUGUAUAAGAUCCGUUUGACUUGUUCUUUAGAUUGUACUAGAUAUCUCAUAGCACAAGGCAUUGCUUUCCGUGGCCAUGAUGAAAGCUCUACUUCUCUAAACAAGGGAAAUUUUAGAGAGAUGGUGGAUUGGGUAAAAUCUAAUGAUGAAAAAGUAAGAGAUGCUUUUGAUCGUGGUCCAAAAAAUUGCACAAUGACUUCCGGUGACAUUCAAAAGGAGCUUGCAAUGUGUUGUGCACAUGAAGUCACCAAGGUGAUUAUGGAAGAGCUUGGUGAUAGACAAUUCUCUGUGCUUAUUGAUGAGUCACGUGAUAUAUCUGUCAAAGAACAAAUGGCGGUGAUGUUGAGGUUCUUGAACGACAAAGGGAAAGUUGUGGAACGAUUUAUUGCUCUACAUCAUGUCAAAUAUACUACAUCUGAGGCACUAAAGGAUGCUCUUUAUGGUAUUCUCGAUCGCCACACGUUAUCUAUUUCAAGGAUACGAGGGCAAGGAUAUGAUGGGGCUUCAAAUAUGAGAGGUGAGUUUAAUGGUUUACAAAGAAAGAUUCUAGAUGAAAACCCUUAUGCUUUCUAUGUCCAUUGUUAUGCUCACCGUUUGCAAUUGGUGGUUGUGUCCGUUGCUAGUAGUUGCUCAUCUAUUCAUGAUUUCUUUGAGUACAUCUCCUUGAUUGUAACCACAACAAGUGCAUCUUGCAAGAGAAAUGAUGCUUUGAAGGAGGCACAACACCGAGAAAUUUUGAAUAGACUUGAGAGUGGUGAGAUAUCUCAAGGAAAGGGCUUGCACCAAUCAUCUAGUCUUGCUAGACCCGGAGAUACUAGAUGGGGUUCACAUUAUACUACCUUGAUUCGUUUGGAUCAGAUGUGGUCCUCCGUGUUAGAGGUGCUUAGUAUUGUUGAUGAAGAUGGACGUGGACCAUCCCAAGCGGCGGGUUUGAUAGAAAAAAUGGAGAGCUUUAAAUUUGCUUUCAUUUUGAAGUUUAUGUUAAACGGAAAAAUAAUGUCUGACUAG